AUGGGCUCACCGACGACAACGGGAGGAGUGACGGGCUUCCAGUUCAUCACCUCCAUCAACACGAUAACCCGCGAUGAUGAGACGCGGCGGAAAGUGCGCUCUCACGCGCGGCGGCAAAAGCUGUCGAAUGAGCCGUCAAGUCAGCCGCCUGCGACUAAGAGCACCAGCCAGAAAGAACGCACCUCCAAGUUCAGACUCGGCGCCAGGGCUUCAGGCUCGGCCAAAAAGCAGAGCCAGCCAAAGUCAAGAUCACCACAAGAGGAGUCCUCGACGUCGAGUCCUGACAGUCUCGUCGAGGAGGUCAAAAACGAAGGCCGAGAUGGCUGGCACACUGAGAUGAUCACCGAGGAGUUUGGCUUCACAGUCGCUCCCGAGCUGCAGAAUUUCUCGGUCUUACCGAUCCGGACAACGCCGCUGACGGACAACCUGUUCAAAUGGAUGAUCUGUGUGUGCCUUUCGCCGCAAGAAAAGUUCGUCCAGAGAUGGUUUAACCGGUGCGGGGCGCCUUCGUAUUUCAACACAUACCAUUCGAGCUUUCUAUCCCUCUCUCAUGCGAUGAACCCCCAGGGCAACUGGUUCGAUUUUAUUACAGUAGACCCGGCAAUGACCCACGGCUUCAUGGGCCUCGUGGCGGCCAUGCACAACGCGCUGGCCGAGUGGGAUGAUAUGACAAGUAUCGACUUCCAUCGAUAUGAAACAAUCAAGUACAUCAACAAGCGGCUCAACAUGGAGGGCCGCCAUGAUACGACUGUGUCUGACGGCGUCAUAGUAGCCGUAUCUCUCCUGGUUCAGAUCGAGGCGUUCAUUGGCUCACUCUCGUCAGCCAGAGCGCAUCUGAUGGGCCUGAAGAAGAUGGUGGAGCUUCGCGGCGGUCUUCGCCACGGCUUUGGCCAUAGCCCCCUACUUCAACGUGCCUUGGCAUGGGCAGACUUUGCCUAUGCGACGGCUUCACAAACGCCGUUGUCCUUCCCUUUUAUCCCGCAACUGGCCGACCCACUGGGUAUCCAGGACAGAUUCUUAUCGCGUUCUACAAUGCUCAAUGCGGCGGCGAGCGCUGACCCUGGGGCCGGCCUUGUUAUCCAGAAUCGAGAGAUCCUGGAGAUAUUCGAGCUGCUCUAUUCGACAACGCGAGCAGUCAACGGCUUCGAGUUUAAUAAGCUGGAAAGUCUAAGAACGGAAAGGGGCCAGAUGAGUGACAGCAUGUACCUGACAGACUACAGGCUUUGUAUCCUAGAAGAGACUAUCCGGUCUCGCGAAAGGAGCAGGUAUGAAUCAGCGUCGAUGAUUUCGACGUCGCCCGUUUCCGCCCCCGACGAUCAACUCGUGACGGCCUACAAGAACCCCAAGGAUCUGUCUGAUUCCCUUGUUUACGCCAGCCACCUCUUCCUGCACAUGGCUCUGAGGGGACAACCACCUCUGGCAAGGGCACAUAAGCUGCCAUUGGAGGGGCUAAUGGCGAGCCUGUACGAGCCCCUUGCAGCGUCCGGCCUCUUGAUCGACUCGACUCCCAGUCCUUCCCUCACGUUUGCCAGCCAGAGCCCAGAAACGCAGGCAUCCGCUGGGACAUCGCUGGACAGUUGGCCAAGCCCCGUCAACGACAAGCCAGAUGAGUCCACACACACAUCGGCGCUUCCUAGGAAAGAUGACAGAGACGACUUGCACGAGGAUUUACUCUUAUGGGUCCUGUUCGUCGGUUCAUGCGUGCAGAUCCGGCCUUCGCCAAUCCUAGACGGCUUCGAGUCCAUGCCGGAUCAUCGAGCCUUCUUCCUCGGCGCAUUGCGACAGCACUGUAUCGCGCGAAACAUUCUAGACAGGGACGUGCUGUUGUCGAAAUUGCGGGACCUGAUAUGGCUGGACAGCUGGUGCGAGAAACAACUUGAUGUGAUCUGGGCACGCAUUGGUAACGAGCUCGGUGUUUAA